AUGCUUGAUGACUUUGAUCUAGAGGGCCCAAAUGGAUCUCAUAAAUGCCUAGUUUAUGAGCUUCUGGGGCCUAACAUUCCGGACACAAUUGAUGCACAUUUCCCUGAUGGGAGACUCCCUGGGAAGCUCGCCAAAGUCAUUGCGAAGCAGAGUCUUAUUGGGCUUGAUAGCUUGCACCAACAUAAUAUUGGACACGGAGAUCUGCAUACCCGCAAUUUGGCCUUCACUAUGCAAAGCAUGGACAAUGUAAUUGAAGAGGGGUUUACCGAAAUGCUAGGAAGGCCAAAAAUCGGCUAUGUCCGAAGGAGCGAUGGGAAAGACCUGGAGCCUGGCAUACCCGAGUAUAUCGUUAAGCCUACCUCAUAUCGGACGCAUUCUUGGAAUUCGGCCCAGUCGAUCAAAAUAAUCGACUUUGGGGGAUCAUUUUUACCCACUGCAGUUCCUCAAACACUACACACACCUCUAGCUGUUCGGGCACCUGAAGUGAUAUUUCAAGAUCGCAUUGAUCAUCGUGUUGACUUGUGGAGCAUGGGGUGCAUGAUGGCAAGGGAUAUGGGAUACAAUGAACGCAGGGACGGCAGAGCCACAGAAAACACCGGACCCAGCUUGCAGGAAUGGCUGGAAGAAGUGUACUUUGAAGGCCAGGAGUGUCCCGAUCUCACAAGAGGGGAUAUAGUGAGGCUGGGGCAAAUAAUUGGAAAGCUAUUGCAGUUUGAGCCGUCUGCAAGAGCGUCAGUGAGACAAGUUCUAGAUGACCCUUGGUUUAAUGAGUGA